CACAAUAAAUUGCAGAUCAAAACCUGGCCGUUUUCUAUGUUUUUAACGGGUGGGAAAGUGCGUGUUUUCCCAUCCACUAACAUGUACCGGAACUCUAGAAUGUCCUCCACUUGAGAUUUUUGGUCACGUGGGUGCGGAUCUACGCUCCAGUGACCUUUAGUGAAAUCACCCUAUUCAUGACUUAUAGCAUCAAUGCUGUCUUUUGAAUGGGUGGUUGAACUGAACUAUGCAAUCUUACCUCAGAUAAAGAGCACCCCAUUGUGUUAUUGACACGAAGAACAGGAGAGUUUCUUUUGGUAUCCUGUCCUGCAUUCUACAUCCAACACCACUGACUGUUCUGCACCUCCUUGUGAGUUGUUGGUCUUUGCUGAGUGAACGGUGAUGAUCAUAUUUUCCGUGCGUUGCUAAAGUGAUUAUGGAGACGUGGGUAGCUCAGGAAAGGUACAAUAUUGACCCAAGUUUUACUAUUCCUUCCAAUGAUAUCAAAGGACAUAGAAAAUAGAAACAUAGAAAAUAGGUGCGGAAGGAGGCCAUUUGGCCCUUCGAGCCAGCACCGCCAUUCAUUGUGAUCAUGGCUGAUCAUUCAAGAUUCAAGAAAGUUUAUUGACAUGUGUCCCAGAUAGGACAAUGAAAUUUAGUAACCCGUGCCUGCCUUCUCCCCAUAAUCCCUUGAUUCCGCUAGCCCCUAGAACUCUAUUUAACUCAAAAUGCCUAGUUUUGCCAAUUUUCCUUGGUCGAAGAAAAAAUGUUUAGGUUUUAAUAACCGGUAUUGAAAGUUCAACCCAAUCAACCAGAUGCAUUAACACAAUAUCUUCAACAAAAACAAAAUCAAAACAAAAAACGUUUGAUACGUCUUGUAGGAGGUCAGGCAGCUUCAAAAGAGAGAGAUGCCUUUGAUGCCAGCUCUUAGCUGGAGUCUCCAGUGUUCCAGACUAAUAAAACAGGGUGGUUCUCCUCCUGCAAUUACAAAUGGGCUGGGACUGCGCUCUAGGCUCCAGGUAAGCUGGCUAGCGCGUCUCUGCCACGGGUUAAAUAGAUAUAUUAUUACCAGCCCUCUCUGUGUAUGUGUUUGGAGCUGCAAAAACCCGCAGGCAAACUGCACCUUAGCUCCUGGUCUCGGCAAGCGGGCCACCUCUGCAAGGAGGAGCUGAAUAGUGCCGUUAUGUGGCUUUCUCAGUAGCAUGCCGAUGGGGUCUUCUUGAUGAUCAAAAAUAGGAAGUCGGUUUUCCAUUUCCAUUGAGAGUGGUGCAGGGGAUUUACACCAAAGCGGCGGAAUUCCGCACAAAACCGCUGCGUCCUUCCUGAAAGGAAUUUCCUUUGUGACGUUCACCGGGAAUUGCGCAUCUGCAGAUAUUCAAUUGGCAUGAUAUAUGGCAGAGCAUCUUGUUCCAGAAUGAACCAGCAGGAUGGCUGGUGUCGGUGGGCAGUGUUGAUCUAACCUAAUCAAAGCAUUUGCUGCAGCCCUCCAUUCCCGGCACAGUCAGGGCACAGAGACAUGAGUCUGGGUCCAACCACGGAGCCGCUGCCGGGAGACACACACAGACAGACAGACAGAGAGGAGCUCACCACAGUCGCUGCUCGCACCUAGCCGCCUUGUGCUAGUUUAACCUCGACUGACGCCGCCGCCGCCAGCAUUGAAAACAAAAUAAAGCUGCGUUAGUUAAAACAACAAAACAAAAACAAGUGUUGGGAAAAGCAACGCGUUUGGACCGCACCUGGAAGGAAGGGACGGACAAUGCGUUCUGAUCCCCCCCGUUCCCCGGCUAACGCACCCUCCAACCCCAAGUGCCCCGCGAAGAGACGGCGCAUUUCAUUCCACAGCAUCUUUCAUGGCAAAUCCAAGGGAAAACAGAAGCAGGAAGUGUCCGUAUCCAGCAUCGAGAGCAUCCCCGUAGAGGUGGCCGAGACCGACAAGAAGCCACAGGUGUCGGACAGCAGAACCACCUUGACAUCGUCCGAUUCACCAAAGAAGGCAUCACCUGGUCUUCUAGAAUGUCCUCUCUGCUUGCUGCGCCACCCAUUCGAGAACGUGCCCAAAAUUAUGACAUGUCACCAUCGCUCCUGCCUUGACUGUUUGCGGCAGUACCUGCGGAUUGAGAUUACAGAGAGCCGUGUGAACAUUAGUUGCCCCGAAUGCUCAGAACGGCUGAACCCACACGAUAUCCGAAUGAUACUGAAUGACCAGGCGCUGAUGGAGAAGUAUGAGGAGUUUAUGCUACGUCGGUACUUGGCUUCAGACCCGGACUGCCGAUGGUGUCCAGCACCAGACUGUGGAUACGCUGUGAUUGCCUAUGGAUGUGCAUGCUGCCCAAAGAUCUCCUGUGGGCGGGAUGGCUGUGGCACUGAGUUCUGCUACCAUUGCAAGCAGCUCUGGCACCCGAAUCAGACCUGUGACAAUGCUCGCCAGCAGCGAGCUCAAAGCCUCCAGAUUCACACCAAGCAAACAACGGUACUGAACUAUGGCCAGGAGUCGGGCAAUGGUGAUGAAAUCAAACCAUGCCCACGAUGUGGGGCCUAUAUCAUUAAGAUGAACGAUGGAAGUUGCAAUCACAUGACAUGCGCUGUGUGUGGCUGUGAGUUCUGCUGGCUGUGCAUGAAGGAGAUCUCUGACCUUCAUUACCUCAGCCCAUCUGGUUGCACGUUUUGGGGAAAGAAACCAUGGAGCAAGAAGAAGAAAAUUCUCUGGCAGCUUGGCACACUGAUCGGUGCUCCAGUGGGCAUCUCCCUCAUCGCUGGGAUUGCUAUUCCUGCCAUGAUCAUUGGCAUCCCAGUUUAUAUUGGCCGUAAGGUUCAUAGUCGCUAUGAUGGAAAAAAGACUUCAAAGCACAAAAGAAAUCUGGCCAUCACCGGAGCGGUUACCUUGUCGGUCAUUGCUUCUCCUGUGAUAGCGGCAGUCAGCGUAGGAAUUGGAGUUCCCAUCAUGCUGGCCUACGUCUACGGAGUGGUCCCGGUGUCACUGUGCCGUGGUGGGGGCUGUGGUGUUAGUGCGGCCAGUGGAAAAGGAGUGAAGAUUGAGUUUGAUGAAGGAGACGGGCCAAUUACAGUUGCUGAUGCAUGGCGAGCUCUGAAGAACCCCAGUAUCGGAGAUAGCAGUGUUGAAGGGCUGACCAGUGUUCUGAGUGCCAGUGGCAGCCCCAUUGACGGCGUCAGUGUAAUGCAGAGCAAUUGCAGCGACACUGCCAGUUUUGCAGCUUUAUCGGGAAGCACGCUGGCUGGAGGAGUGCUGAUGGGGAGCAGCGGACAGCAUGACAGGCUGGACAUUCAAGCUGACAUUCAAAAAGGAAACAAAUUGCAUAAAGACUCCAUCAGUCUAGGGGCAACCAGUGACAAUGCCAGCACCAGGGCUAUGGCUGGUUCUAUCAUCAGCUCCUACAAUCCACUGGACAGGGAAUGCAACAAUCUGGAAGUGCAAGUUGACAUUGAAAGCAAACCCAGUCACUUGUGUUUUACCAGUGAUAGCAGCAUUAAUGAAUUGCUUCACAUUCACUCUCAAUCUGUGGAGGGACUUUGCCAUGAAGAGAAGGACUGCUUGUUCAUGAGUGACCACAGCGAUUGCCUCAUAAGCAACACAUGCGAUGUAACACUUGCUCAACCCGAGAGUAUAAGAAGUGAUGGAAAUAGCACAGACACUCAGUCAGAUGAUGUUCCUGACAUUAGUUCUGAUGAAUGUGAUUCACCCAGUCCAAUUCAUGACAGGCAUUUGGAAAUCACAGCUUCGGAUAACAAGCUCUUGAACACGGAGAGUUUCGAGUGUGAAGACUAUGAACAAACGGAAUGUGUUCUUGAACAAGGUGGGCCACAAACAGAGACGGUGGUACAUUAUGUCUAAACCUGCACAAUCAUCACUAAUUCAUCAACCCAUAACAUGCACCUUAUUCAGAAUAUUGAAAUUUUGUGUUCAUUACAUUGUUUUAAAUAUACAAGACUAUUGCAUAUUUAAAUAAAACAUAGGUAGACACAUAAUGCUGGAGAUAUUCAGCGGAACAGGCAGCAUCUCUGGAGAGAAGGAAUGGGUGAUGUUUUGGGUCGAGGCUCUUCUUCAGACCCCUUCCCCUUGUUCCCCUUCCCCUCUUUGAAUAAAUCAUCUUUGAUACAGUAAAUAAAGAUGUUAUUUAUUCACUUUCAUUCUUGAUUUAAAUUAAUUCAGUGAUCUUUUGCAUGAAUUUAAGCAGACCUGUUUUGCUGCUUAAAAUUAGAUUGUCCCACAUGGGAGGAGAAACUAUUCAGAAUAGUUCUGCUCAGCUUAAGUUGAGAUUUUCUAGGUUGCUGGGCAACUUGAUACGUUUUCAUUUUCAAAUCAUUUUUUAUAAAGGGAACAGAUUCCAAAGGCAGUGAAUGUUAAAGUAGGUGCAGAGCAAUGGCCUAAAAUGUCAUCAGUAACUAUAGGGUUAAAGAAAUAAGCUCUAAAUUUGGAUUUUUUUAGGUACUUCAAGUCUGAUCUUAGAUCUAAACAGUUGACCUGAAUGCUGCAAAAUUAAUUAACCAGUGUCAACUCCACCGAAACCAGAUGCUGUGUGUUAUAGUAUCUUUAGAAUCAGAUACACCUGUCUCUGUAACAAACGGGAAUUAAUGAAAGAAACCCGGGGUUUGAUUUGAUCAUGUAAUUUGGGAUAAAAUAUUAAUAUUUAGCUCAUUAGCAGAGUUUAUAAUAAUAUUUAGGACAUCUAUAUUUUUCCUUUUGCAUUGUUAAUAGGCCAGUUUGAAAUUUCAUAUUUUGUUUUUUUUUUGAUUGUCCCAACAUUAUGUAAAUGCAUUUCCAGAAAGCCAAAAGGAUACUAGCAACCUAUGUUCUGCAGUAUCCCAGGAACCAUCUUACUACAGUACUGAUGAUGAGAUUACAAAGAGCCAAGUUAUAAUUGACAGAAUUCCAAGUGGCCGCUGAGGAAUUUCCUCCUGGAUUAUUCCACCUCAGAUCACUUAAUAUUGGAAUCAAUUUGCUGUAACUCAAAUCAGACAGUUUUAUUUAAAGUACUGUUGAUUUUUGUUUCCUGUCAAUCUCCUGUGAUGUUAUAUAGAAAGAAAAUGAAAUGAAUAAAGCUAUCCCAUCGUUAAUUUAUGUCGUAAACCAAACUAAAUGCAAAGGUGUUCUCAGAUUUUAAAAUGCUUCUGUGAUCUUUUUAAAUUUCCUUAUAAAACCAAGGGUAGGAAGCAGCACACCCUCAUCCACUGGUUAAGAUGCAGCUGGUAUAUAUGUAACCAUAGAGCCUUGCUUAAGUUUCAGUUUUCCAGGGUCUGAGCUGAUGAAGCAGUUGUGGCAACACUUUCACAUCCCCAAAGAGAAAUCUCUGUUCCCCAGCAUGAAUUCCCUCACGUGAAGUUAGAUCUGUCCCGAUUCCUGCUGAAUGUGUGUGACUGGGGUGGUGCAGCAGAGUAGUUGCUGCCUGACAAAGCCAGAGACCCGGGGACUGUUUGUAUGGAAUUUGUAUGUUUUCCCAAUGACCCCAUGGGUUUUCUCUGGGUGCUCCGGUUUCAUCCCACACUCCAAAGGCGUACAUAUUUGUAGGUUAAUUGGCUUCAGCAAAAAUUGUAAAUUGUCUCAAGUGAGUAGGAUAGUGCUAGAGGAUGGGGAUCGCAAACCGGCGUGGAAUCACCUGUUACCCCGCUGCAUCUCUAAACUAAACGUAACUGUCAAAUGAGAAUGUAUCUGAGCUUGUCUCCGAGGUCUCCCAUACUUGGCAGCACACUGAGUGCAGACUCUUGCAUCAUCUAAACUCAACGAAGCACUUACUUGAGAAAUCUGAUAAGCUGCUGGUACCCGUGGAUGCAUUUGGCAGCAAGUCUGUGCCUUUAAAACGGGAAGAGGAGAAUUUUUUUUAAACACUUCCAUAAUAUGGAUUUUUUUGUAUCCAUGGAUGGUCAAUCUUGGAAAAAAGUGUAAAACUCUAGGUCUUCAGUACCUUCAUCCUUCUAUGGUGCAGGAAUUAACUGUUCGGCUUGUUUUCUUUUAAGUAUCUUUGUUAUUGCUUCAUGUAAAUAAAGUAACAUUCAUUUGAAUAUGACUUGAAUUUUAACUGAUUAAGCAAUCCAGCAGUCAUAGUCUGCCUGCGAAAACCUGUUCAGUCUUGGCCUUUCUUGCCUUUUCCUACCCUGAGGAUGUGCUCAGAUUUCAGGCAAGAGCAAAACACUCCCUGUUCUAGAAUGGCUGUACAUCAACUCUACUCGAGCAUAAAUGAGUGAUUUCAGGAAACAUGCACAAAACCAGGCAUUCUAAUUUGUCCCAUCACUGUGGCUUGUCUAAACUAACUUAUCAUUCAUUAUCAGAAGACUAAUUGCGUUAAUGAGUUUCCCUGUAUCUUAAAAGGAUCUAUUACGUGCUGUAUGAAUCUUAUCCGUGAAAUAUCAUGACCUUACUUGGAGAACCAAAAGGAAGCUGUACUUAAAACUGUAUCAAUGGUAACCUGAUGAACUAGUGCCAACACUGCUAUUCCCACCAUCCCUUGCCUUAAACAAAUGCCCUUCACAACAAAUCCGCAUCCCGCGACCACUGACAGUUUGGGGCAGGACUGGUAAAUGGUAAAGGGGAAAGUGGAAUUGAAAAACGAAUGAAGGAGAACUGGGGCUUGAAGGAAGGAAAGAGUAGUGAGAAGAGAUGGGUUUGAAAUACAAAACAGCAUACACAAGACCAGGCCCUUCAGCUCACAA